AUGUCUGGACUGACGACAGGGCUAAAGGUUGCUUCUGGAAAAGGUGAAAGAGUGAUUGUCACCCACGUAGGUAGUGACACUAGCUUCGUGACCGGCUGCCUGGACGUGCUCUGUGGGAAGAAAAAGGGAGACUACCACGAUGAAAUUGACUCGAACAGGUUUGAAGCAUGGUUUCUUCAUCUGCUGGACCACAUCGAGCCUAACAGCGUCAUUGUUAUAGACAACGCGCCAUACCACAGCAGAAAGGCUGAAGCUGUCCGCACAACUGCAACAAAGAAGGGCGAGAUCCAGCAGUGGCUCUCUUCCAAGAACCUAGACUGGACUGCCACAAUGAAGGAAAAAGACCUUCUGAGCAUCGUGGCAACGGUGAAGGAUCGCUACACAAAGUACAAAGUUGACGUCAUGGCUGCGGAUGCCGGACACACAGUGUUGAGGCUCGCACCGGACCAUUGCUAA